AUGCCAUACCGUUUUGAGAUUGCUGCACAAGGCCGUGCUGGCUGCAAAGCCCCCGAUUGUCUCAAAGAGAAGCUCAAGAUCGUCAAGGGUGAACUCCGUGUCGGUACCUGGAUGGAUGGUAAGUCCUUCCAGGCCUGGUAUUGGCGCCACUGGGGUUGCUUCACCCCGAAGCAAAUUGCCAACCUCAAGAAUGAAAUCACCGGGCUGUCUGUUGAGCCUGAUUUCUCUCGUAUUGAUGGCUUUGAUGAGAUCAGCGAGGAGGUCCAGGAGAAGAUUCGCAAGGCCAUCGAAGAGGGUCAUGUCGAAGAUGACGAAUGGCGAGGUGAAGUUGAAUACAACCGCCCUGGACAUGUCGGCAUGCGCAAGAAGACUCGCAAGGCCAAGGCCAAGGCCGAUGAGUCCGAGGAAGCUGAGCAGUCCUCUGCCGCCAAGAAGCAUGAGCUGACCGACUCCGAGAAUGUGGAUGAGGAACCAGCCAAGAAGAAGCAAAUCCGUGGCACGAAAGUUGCCGACGAUGAUGAUGAUGCAAUUGCGGGUGCCGCCGUUGCCGACACUGAGUCCAAGAAGCCCAAGAAGCGUGGUCCUCGCGCCAAGAAAAUGCCUGAAGACCAAGCUGCCGCCCAACCUGAUGUCAAGAUCGAGCGUAAAAAGCCUGGCCGUCCCCCACGGAAGGUUUCUGAAGAUGAAGGCGCCGAGGCUGACACUGAGAUGACCACCGAGCCCAAGAAGCGUGAUACCCGUGGCAAGAAGAUCACUAAAGAUAAAAGUACCUCUGCCAAUGUCAAACCCAAGAAGGAAGCCACCAAGCAUGAAGCCACCAAGCAUGCCACUCGUGGUAAGAACGUCACUACCUCCGCUGUCAACAAGGAGUCUGAAGAGGUCGAUCCUACAAUUGAGGAUCAGCCAACCAAGAAGGCGCCCGCAACCCGUGCAACACGUGGAAAAAAGGUUGGGAAGAAGGAUGUUUCCCUCGCCGCCAAUGACGCUUCAUCUAUCGAUAACGAGACUGCUGUUGUAAUCAAACCCAAGAAGCGUGCCACUCGUGCAACUCGUGGCAAGAAUGAUGUGAACACCGAUGUUUCUCCCGUCAAGAAGGGUGUCUCCUCUGCCGACAACGAGACUGGCCCCGCCAGUGGCGAAACCAAGAAGUCUAUCCCUCGUGUCAAGGCUGUCAAUGUCACAAACGCCAAAAAUGGCGUGAAUACCGCUAAGGAUGACCACUCUGAUGAACCGACUGAGAAACCCAAGGGCACUCGUGGUGCCAACAACAAGACUAACGCCAACAAUGCUAUCUCUGAAAAUAAGCCCGCUGCCGAUAAAGUUGCUGAAACACCUGACGCUACCAAGGAGAAGCCCAAGGCCAAUGGCACCGAUGCUGCCAACGAUAAGCACGCCAAUGAACCAAUUGAGAAGCCCAAGCGCACGCGCGGAGCCAGCAACAAGACUAUCGUCGACAGUGCUACUUCUGAGAACAAGCCCAAGCCAACUCGCAGCCGCAAGCCAGCAGCCGCGAAGGUCACCAAUGAGUCCGCUGACCAGGCUGACAAGGAGCCUACCGAGACUUCCACUGAGAAAUCCGUUGACGGCACCGCCGUGAAGUCCGACGACGCCCCUGAGAAUCAUUCCACCGAAACUCCCGAUAAGCCCACUGUCCAGCUUGUGGAGAAGUCUGGUGAGGGCCCUACCGAGGAGCCCCGUGAGCCAACUCUGACCGAAAUGAAGGCAGAGACGACUAAUGGCGAUGACUUCUAA